AUGAUACUUUUAUUCAUUUUACAUUGUCUUGUCUGUUUUUCCUUUGGCUCGGAAUGUUAUAAAAUUGAUGAAAAUAACAAGUGUGUCUUAGAUGGAGAUGAUCCAUGUAAAGGAAAAGUUGUCAUCAAAUCUGAUGCACCACCAGCAAUUUGUAUGUUUGGAUUUCAGAACAAUGAUCAAAUCACAAGUAUUGAAUAUGAAGGGAAGAAUGGUUUAGAAAUAAGAACAUUCGGGUUUGAGAGUGCAACAAAAUUGGUAUCAGUAACAUCUUAUGGUGGAAUUGUUUCAUUGGAAUCAAACGCUUUUAAAAAUUGUCAUUCGCUUGUAAUUAUAGAUGUACAUAAAGUUCAAAAUAUACCAGAAAGUUGUUUUGAAGGAUGCACAUCACUUGAGUUUGUAGGUGAUUUGUCAGAUAUUACGUUUUUUGGCGAUGGUGCAUUUUUGAACAGCAAUUUAAGAGUUUUGACAUUUGGGAAUAAUGUUCAGUUAAUCGGGUAUGAAGCCUUCAAAAACACAAAAAUAGAAACUGUGAUUCUUCCCAGAGACAAACCAAAACAAGGAUUCCAUACAAGUGUUUUUGAAGAUUGCAAAAAUUUGAAGUCUGUUGAUUUUGGAGGAAUUACUGAAAUUCCGGAUUAUACGUUUAGUAAUUGUGUAAGUCUUGAGAUUUUGAUUGGUUCGGAAAAAGUGACAUAUUAUGGGGAAAUGUCAUUUGAACGAACUAAACUAUCUUCGAUUAAAUUUGGCAAUGGUGUUACUCAUAUUGGAAGCAAAGCUUUUUCUGAAACACAAUUAACUUCAGUUAAAGUACCUGAAACGGAAUUAAUGUAUUCAGUUUUUGAAAAAUGUUUGAAAUUAAAUACUGUGGAUUUUGGAGGUAAUAUCGAAAUGCCAGAAGGAACCUUUGCUGGAUGUUCAAGUCUCUCACUUGUUGUUGGCACGGAAAAUUUAAAAUAUGUUGGAAAGAGUGCUUUUGAGGAUUGUGAUAAACUGGAAUCUUUAAAUUUAUAUGGCAAUAUUGAACAACUUUUGGAUUCUCUUCAAUCACAAAAAAAUUUAUUUUACCAUGGAAAAAGACAACCAAAAGUACUUCCUGUUACUCAAUUUAAAAAGGAUUUGAAAAUUUUCGUAACAGACAAUUAUUUGUCUUCCAAAUUUGGUAACAAUGAUGUGCUUAAACUUCAUUGUUCUUCUAGUCAAUUCGUUGAUGUGGAAAUGACUCCUCCUGAAUGUGAAAACUGUGAAAUCGGGAAAAAGACUUUGGAUGGUGAUAAUUAUUAUUGCGAUUUGAAUACCAAAAAACUUAGUAAUUAG